CGGCGCGGGCACCGCUCGGCGCCGCCCCCAGAGCAGCUGCCGGGAGAGGCGACGGGGUCGGAAUUCACGUACGAGGGAUUAUUACAAAGCAUUGAGACGCUGAUCCAUAACUUUAUUGUGUGUCGAUGAUCUGCUUGCUGAUGUCCUGCUAGCUCUAGCUGCAGAGAGACUGUUGAUUCCACCAACAUGGAGGAUGAUGUCAGCUUGAAGUUCCGUCAGCAGCUCCUGCUCAUUGAUGAAAACCUGGUGACUGAAGAUGUAGCAGCUUUAAAAUUUCUCUGUACUGACUUGCUCCCAUUCAAAAAACUAGAAAGUGUGGAGUCAGCAGUGGACAUCUUUCAGCUUCUCAUGGCUGAAGAAUAUCUGAAUGAGGAAGAUACUUUCCUACUAGCUGAACUCUUAUACAGAAUUAAAUGUCACUCCUUGCUCAAGAAACUUGGUUAUACCAAGGAGAAAGUGCAAGAAUGUCUGCAUGAGAAGGGAAGAGUGUCUCUGUACAGGCAGAUGCUGUAUGAAUUGUCAGAGAACAUUAGCAAUGAGAUGCUGAAGGAUAUCAUAUUCCUCCUGCAAAAUUAUCUUCCAAAGCGCCGGAUAACUCUUUCUGCUCUGGAAUUGCUGAUUUUAUUGGAAAAACAGGGCCUUUUAACUGAAAACAAUGUACAGAUGCUGGAGGAAGUCUGUAUGAAUGUUUCACCUGAUCUCCUGGAAACAGUAAACUGCUACAAAAGGGCAAAAGUGUCUCUGCCUCACCAGGAGAACACUCUGCCAGUCAAGGAAUCUUCACUGUCUCACACUGGAGCCAUCAGAGUAUUCACUUCCUCACAGGAGACCUCAAUCAAAUCUGUCGUUUCUAACAUCAAUGAUAACAAAGCAGCUAAUCUUACACAAGGCUUCUCAGAAAUGAACAUGGAGCUGCCUGGAGAAUUCAACAAUGUAGAAAAUGAAUCCAAGAAGAUGACAAGCUACAAAAUGGAUGGACCACACAGAGGAUUUUGUCUUGUUAUUAAUAAUGUUAACUUUGAUAGGUCUCUUCAGGAGAGAAAAGGUUCUUGUAAAGAUGCUGGGGAACUGGAGCGAGUAUUCACAUGGCUUGGUCUGGAUGUGAGGACUUACAGAGAUCUGACAUCUCAUCAGAUUAUAGAACUCAUGAAAACUUGGCAGCGUUUGCAAGAUCACAAAGACAGGGACUGUUUUAUAUGUUGUAUUCUAUCUCAUGGAGAGUCAGGAGCAAUCUAUGGGAAAGAUGAGGAACUUGUAUCAAUUCGCAGGAUCAUGUCCCACUUCACUGCCAAACAAUGUCCACAGCUGGCUGAAAAACCCAAACUCUUCUUUAUCCAAGCAUGCCAGGGUAAAGAGAUACAGUGUCCAGUCUAUGUUGAAGCUGAUGCACGAAUUCCUGACUUGCCUUCCAUGCAACAGAGCAUUUCUGCUUCUGAAAGUAUUCCUGAAGAGGCUGAUUUCCUCCUAGGCAUGGCCACAAUUGACGGAUAUGUCUCUUUCCGGCACAUUCAACAGGGUGCUUGGUAUAUUCAGGCCCUGUGCAGCAAGUUACAGUUGUUGGUACCAAGGGGUGAAGAUAUUUUGUCGAUUCUUACAGAAGUUAAUGAAGAUGUGGGAAGACGUGUUGACCGCUUAGGGACAAAGAAGCAGAUGCCCCAACCAGCAUAUACCUUAAGAAGAAAAUUUAUAUUCCCAAUACCUACAGACCCUCCUCCUUCACAGCAACAUCGAGGCUUUUAAAAUACAUCCUUUUAUCAGCGCAACUCAUUGAAAUGCAACUCACUACACUAACUAUUUCAAGGCAGUUACCCAGAAUCCUGAAGAACUGUUAGGUUCAAGACAAGGCCUCAUAAAUUUUUUGCCAAACAAACUGUGAAACUGGAGGAGACACAAUCCAUGUGGGAGAGGCAUACUUCUGUCAUGUUAAAUGUUUUUGUACCUGCAUAAACUGCAGAGAUAAGUGUUUUUCUGACAGCAUAAGGGUUGCAUGUAGCCUUACAUAUCUAAACCAGGACUAUUAAUCGUCUGAUUUAGGCUCCUUGUGUUUUAUUUUGCAGACUAACAAUUUUAAAUCCUGCCUCUAAAUCCAUUAGCUAUGUUCAUCGAGAAAGACAAAUGUGGAAAUGAAGAGGAGAAAGCUUAAAUUGGAAGUGUAAAAGGGUUUCUUCGAUCUCUAAACUAUGUUUAACUUAAUGGAGAGCCCGUUAACUCUUGAAAUUUGUUCCACGGUGCAUACUGAUACCACCUAAUGGCUAACAUAAACCUCGUAUAUAAUGAGAUCUUUCCAAAACUGAGUAAAUCCAAAAUACUCUGUAGUAUUCUGUCUGUGAAACCUUGUAAACUGUCAUUUCCCCAUCAUUUCUGGGAAGACAAUUUAGGGUAGAGGAUUUGCACACUGUGAAAUACAGCAUUCAGCAGUGUAUCUGUAUAGGUUUAUCAGAUUGAUUAACUUUGUUAAGCAGUACAUUUUCUGGUUAUUGUUUCUUGUUUUAAGAU